AUGGCCAAGACAGAACUAGACCACCAUGGCCAUAGCCAGAGUCAACAUGAGACUGAGAACACAGAGACAUUCAAGCUCUCGCUGACCGGAAGACUCAUCUUCGUCACUCUGGCCAUUUUGACCCUGAUGGUGUCGCUAGAUGGGACAUCAAUCUCAGUAGCUUUACCAGAAAUGGCCCGGGAAUUAAACGGUUCCGCCAUGGAAGCAUUCUGGAGCGGGACGUCCUUCCUUUUAUGCUCGACUGCCGGACUAGCCAAUACCUUCACGCAGAUCCUUAUCGGACGCUGCAUCCAAGGCGUCGGCGGCGGGGGCAUCGCCAUGCUCUCGGAGGUGGUAGUCACAGAUCUGGUUCCGUUGCGACUCCGAGGUAAUUACUACGGCGUGUUGAGCGCGAUGUAUAGUCUAGGGUCGGUGUUGGGACCGAUUGUGGGGGGUGGGUUUUCGGAGAAUGUGUCCUGGAGAUGGAUAUUCUAUAUCAACUUCCCAUUCAUCGGUCUCGCAGCCAUACUCCUUAUAUUCUUCCGCCUCAGCACACCCGAUGGAUCCUUACGGGAGAAACUCCGUCAGAUCGAUUACAUCGGCACAGUCCUAUUCGUCGGUAGUGUAGCCUCAUUCCUGAUCCCAUUAUCCUGGGGUGGAGUGAUGUAUUCCUGGGGAUCAUGGCACACUCUGGUCCCAUUAAUCAUCGGCGGAACCGGAAUCCUCAUCUUCAUCAUCUACGAGACCUACGCGAAUAACCCGAUGAUCCCACACUCUGUCUUCGGAAAUCGCAGCACGACGAUCGCUUUCGCGACCAGCUGGCUCCAGGGUCUAAUCCUCUGGUGUGCGCUGUACUAUCUCCCUCUAUAUUACGAGGCCGUGCGCGGAUUCAGUCCCAUAAUAACUGGCGUGGCUCUCUUCCCCGAGACGUUCACUGUAGCCCCGGCGGCUGUUCUCUGCGGAGCUAUCAUCACCAUCACAGGGCGAUAUCGCUGGGGACUAUGGGUGGGAUGGAGUAUCGCGACGGUGGGAUUGGGAUUACUCUGCCUCCUGCGUCCGCAUACGAGUACAGCGGGAUGGAUUCUCCUGAAUAUACCAGGGGGAAUCGGUCUGGGGAUUUUAACUGCAGCAAUCGUCUGCGCGGUCCAGGCUAGUGCGUCAACGGAGAAUUUGACGGUGGCAGUGGCGAUGGUUGUGUUUUUUCGGGCGUUCGGACAGGCUGUAGGGAUUGCUGUGGGAGGUGUUGUUUUUCAGAACCGGAUGAAUUCGUAUUUACUGAGGUAUGAAGAGUGGGCAGGUAGGGCUGGGGAGUUGAGUCGGGAUGCAGCUGCACUUGGGGCUGUGAUUCGGGGGAUGAGCGAGGGAGUGGCGAAGGAGCAUUUGAAACUGGCGUAUACGGAUAGUUUGAGGGUGAUUUGGGAGGUGAUGGUGGGAGUGUCGGGGGUGGGAUUGUUACUGAGUGUUUGGGUGAGGAAGUAUGACUUAAACAGAUAUUAG